UCCAAACCACCCUCACUUCCCCUCCGUGCGCAGUAAUUGCUGUGUUUGGGUCUAUCCCGUGUCACCCGCAACCGUGUUCUCCCCGAGAGAAGCAGUGAACCCUAGUUGACACAGUCUCUCAGCUCCACCGGUCCCAGGCUGGUGCGUCCCGUUGCGCACAGCUCAGCAGUUUCCCAGCACUGCACACUUCGCAGGCGCUCUCCGGAUUACCCAAAAAACCUCAGGACGGCUGGUGGGAAAGAUUGCUACAACUUUACGAGUCAGUAUGUUUCAUGUCUGGAUGACAGAGGAUCGGUGACAAGAAGACUCGGGGGAGUUCAGGUACAGCAGGAAGAAGGACGAGUCUUGGCUCCCCCCCCCCCUGUUACCUAUUACUCUCUGAGCUCUUGUUAGUUGCUCUCCGCUUCACUUCCCUCCCAAACUUCAGUCAGUGGAUCAUUUUCAGAGCGACAGGAUGGGAUCGCAGACCGGGGCAGCUCUGCAGAAACAGACGCUCCUGUGGUUCAUUGUAGCAGUGUCUCAGUGUGUGUCAGUAUUGGGGUGUGGACCCCUAUACGAAAACGCCAUUGAGGAGUCCUGCCUGGCCCACUUCAGACGGGACAUGCAAGAGCUGGACCAGAGACACUGGUGUAGCUGGGAAGACACAGUCGAACUAUACGGCGAGCUGACAAACUGCACGUACGUGGUGGCGCUGUGGAUAGGGUGCUUCUGGCCCAACAGGCUGGUGGAUGAGUUCUUCAUCCGAGUCCACAAGCACUACUUCCACGACUGCUCGAUGUCUGGACGGCUUCUCAGGGACCCACCCAACCACAUCCUGGGUCCCUUCAUUGUUGUGCCCAUCCUGGUCACCCUCCUCAUGACAGCCCUGGUAGUGUGGAGGAGCAAACGCAGCGAGGGGAUUGUGUAGUGAACGGGAAGGAGAGGUCACAAGACUCAAGAUAAGAGAUACUUGGCCCUAAGGUUGCAUCAUAUUCACCCUCUGUGACCAAAGGAUCUCUUUUCCUGAGUGUUUGGGUUCUAAUAGAACCAGAAUCAUGUCAUUAUUGGUUCUUGAAGAGUAGCUGAACGAGAUGAAAUGAGAUCCUACUUCAGUGAUGCUUGAAUGCACAUCAAUAUGAAGCUUCUACAGCUCCCAUCUACUGUUACACCAACAUGGAUUGAAAUCAUUUAUUUGGUUUACAGCGCAAAGAGGGGCCAGAACUGCUCACCUUUAUCUGGUGUGGACCAAGAUAGUGACUGAUGGAAAGAUACUGUAAAUAUUUUAAAAAAUCACUUUUAUUGAGAGAAACUGCUUCAACGACUUUUGGAUGUGAUGAUAAUGCUAGUAAGUACACAUAAAGGAAUUUAACAACAAUUUUUCGAGACUACAUAACAUGGCAACACAGGAAUUAAAUGCAGUGCUGAACAUGGCCUGUUUUAUGAAUGUCUUUCUAACACAAUCAAGACAACAAAACAUUGUACACUAAAUUAAAUUCUCUCAGAUGCAUUUUGUGUUCCAUGUGAUGCAGAGAUACCUGAUUUUAACAUAUGUGUAUUAUAUUCGAAAUAUACUCUCUGAAACAUGCAGAUGGCUUAUCGUCACAUUGUCAACGUGUAGUGGGAGUAGGAUGUGUCUGUUUUGAGUUUUCAUAUAAUUUCCUCUGCUCAUAUCAGACACCCUGGCUUCAGGUCCUCAAUGUCUUGGCAUACCAAGAGCUCAGUCUUUGAAUGGGAAGCAAAGACAUGUUUCCAUAGCAUUAUGCACACUGAACCAGCAGGAAAAAAGCAGGAGGUAAUGAUGUGACAAACUAAAGAUUGGCAAAUGUGGACUACAGGAUAUUGAGAAACCACACAACACAGAGGACGGUCACUACGCAGGGGUUGAGACCCCAAUUUGGACAGGCUGUGAUGAUGUGAUGUUCUGCAGCUUCCAUCCUCCAUCACCAAGGAAACUAAAAGGAAGAAAUGCUGGAGACACACAGGUGGAAGUGGUUGAGAGUGAAGACUCUGAAGGCCAACAUACAAAGAAAGAAGUUUGGAGACUGCAGACAGUUAAUUAACCAAAAAUUCUUACAUUCUGUCAUAUUUUUCUCCCUCAGACACUGUUAUGCAUGUUGUUUACCAUACAGAAAGACACAAUACCAUCAAUUACCAUAUUGAUUGCAGCCAAAUGAGGCAGUUAUCUGAACAUGUGGAAAGAAAAACAGAACAAAGAGUAGAAAAUUCACAGUGGAAAAAUCAGUCUAACUACGGAGAGAACAUAAAGCAAUGGAUUAGCCAACGCACAUCUCUGCUGAACAUUGCCAUAGCCUAAAGCACAGUUUGUGUAUCACGGACCUUAGGUUUCUAUUGAUUUAUGAUCUUCAAGUGUGGUAGAGUGUGCUGUGUGAACUGUUUCCUCAUUGAUAUUUUUGAAUGCUAUCUUUCCUUUAUAGAUUCAUUGACCUGUAACCUGCCUGUCAGUAAAACACACUUUAAAACACACCCACACUUCCUCAACAUGAUCUUACUUUGUGCUUUGUGCCAAACGCUCUUGGAAAUAUGACAGAAACAUUUGCUAUGAAAUGUAUAAUUUUCUGUUGCCGUGACUUCUGAUGAUUGAAUUUUAAAAUCUAUGAUCAUGAAAAAAGUUCAAUAAAAUGUCUUUAUUAAUGUGUCUGAUACA